UCAAUAGUCAAUACUCUUUGUUAGUGCUUUAUAUUAUAUUCAAUAACAGUCUUUCUUAAAUAUUAAUGGUUCGCAAGUUUACAUGUGUCAGGUAUAUCUAUGUAAUAAAUAUUUAAUAUUUUGAUUUACAAUGAAAGUUAAAGUAAUUAGCCGAAAUCCCGACGACUAUGUACGCGAAACAAAGCUGGAUUUACACAAAAUCAAGAGAAAUUAUGAUCCAGCACUUCAUCCACUCGAAUCUGCAAGAGAAUAUGUAAGAGCAUUAAAUGCUACUAAGCUAGAUAAAGUGUUUGCGAAACCAUUUGUUGGAAAUUUAGAUGGUCACAGGGAUGGUAUUUAUUGUUUCGGCAAGCAUCCUAAACGGUUAUCUAUUUUAAACAGCGGUGGAUAUGACGGAGAGUUACGAAUUUGGGAUUUAACAUCAAGGAAAUGUGUAAGAAACUUUGUUGCUCACGCAGGGUUUAUCAGAGGAAUAUCAUACCUACCGUCGGGUGAGAAGUUUUUAACGGUUGGAGAUGAUAAAACAAUAAAGUUUUGGAACUCUGAAAAUCCUGAUAUUGGAGAGGACGAGCAACCAGUAAAUACAAUUUUAAGCAAAACCAUAAUAACAGGCAUUUCGCAUCAUAGAGAAGAUCAAUUAUUUGCCACUUGUGGCGAAGUUUGUUAUAUUUGGGACGCAACAAGAAAUGAUCCCUUAAAAACAUUGAAGUGGGGUGUAGAUACAUUACAUGCGAUAUCAUUUAACCAAGUUGAAAAAUCACUUUUAGCAACAUGCGCUAGUGAUAGAAGUAUAAUUUUUUAUGACACAAGACAAUCAAAACCAUUAAGAAAAAUAAUUUUAUCUAUGAGGUCAAACAAAUUAGCAUGGAAUCCAAUGGAAGCCUUCAAUUUUACAGUCGCAAAUGAAGAUUAUAAUCUCUACACAUUUGAUACAAGACAGUUGAAAAAUCCGAUUAAAAUUCAUUAUGAUCACGUUUCCGCAGUAACUGACAUAGAUUAUUCACCAACAGGUAGGGAGUUUGUCUCAGGAAGUUACGACAGAACUAUUAGAAUAUAUGAAGUUCAUAAAUCUCAUUCGCGAGAGGUAUACUAUACAAAAAGAAUGCAACAUGUAGUCUGCGUUGGUUGGAGCUUCGAUAAUAAAUACAUUUAUUCAGGCUCAGAUGAAAUGAACAUUCGUUUAUGGAAGGCAAGGGCUUCAGAAAAGUUGGGAGUCAAGGCACCAAGAGAAGUAGCCAACUUUAAUUAUCAAAACGCUAUAAAAGAAAAAUAUGCAGCCCAUCCACAAAUUAAGCGCAUAGCAAGACAUAGACAUGUACCCAAAAAUAUUUACAACGCUCAAAAAACCCUUCAAGCUAUCAAAAACAAGCAGAAACGGAAAGAAGCAAAUGUUCGCGCUCACUCUAAACCAGGCACGGUUCCAUUUGUUCCUGUUAAAAAUAAAGUUGUCAUUAGAGAAGAUGAAUAAAUUUGAUCUUUUAAUAAAAAA